ACUGCUGUGUCGUCCUGCACUGUCAGCAUCAUGAGUGUAGAUUUCUCCAAAAACGCAACUGAGAGCCCCGAGGCCAGCAAAACAGAAGUCAAAGGGACCAUUCCCAACUGGCUCCAAGGAACGCUGUUGCGCAAUGGCCCCGGGAUUUUCUCUGUGGGGGAAACCAGCUACGAACACUGGUUUGAUGGGAUGGCCCUCAUGACAAGCUUCACUUUUAAAGACGGUGAAGUGACCCACAGAAGCAGAUUUCUUAGAAGUGACACGUACAAAUCAAACAUGGCUGAAAACAGAAUAGUUGUGUCUGAAAUGGGCACAAUGGCUUAUCCAGACCCCAGCAAAAACUUCAUCUUCAAAGCAAUUACCUUUCUCAACCACACAGUGCCUGAUUUCACUGACAAUGGUGCUAGCAAUUUUAUCAAGUAUGGAAAUGAAUACUUUGCUACCUCUGAAACCAAUUACAUUCGAAUGAUUGACCCUGUGACCCUGGAAACACAGGACAAGGUGGAUUACUUGAAAUUCCUCCCAGUCAAUGUGGUUUCAUCCCAUCCACACUAUGACAAGGAAGGCAACACUUACAACAUGGGCACAUGUAUAGCGGAGAAGGGCAAGACCAAGUAUGUGGUGUUCAAAGUUCCACCUCAUCCUGAUAAAGUAGCAUCAAGUAAUUUAAUUGUAGGUGCACUAAAGAAAGCUGAGGUGGUCUGCACAGUCCCCUGUCGAUCUCUCCUCACUCCGAGCUACUACCACAGCUUCGGCAUGACAGAUAACUACUUCAUCUUCAUCGAACAGCCUUUCAAACUGGACAUCCUUAAAAUGGCCACUGCUUACAUGAGGGGAGUCAACUGGGCAAGCUGUCUGAAGUUUUUCCCUGAUGAGAAUACCCUUAUCCAUAUAAUCGACAGAAAAACUGGAAAAGAGGUAGAAACCAAAUAUUACACUGGAGCAAUGGUUGUCUAUCAUCACGUGAAUGCUUUUGAGGAAGAUGGACACGUCAUAUUUGAUGUGAUUGCAUACAAAGAUAACAGCCUUUACAACAUGUUCUACAUGAGCAAGCUCAAGGAAGCUUCUGGCUUCCAUGAUGACACCUAUGUACAACCAAACUACAGGAGAUUUGUACUUCCCAUCAGAUCAGACAAGGGUGUUGCCAUCGGCGAGGAUAUGGUGGCACUAAAACAUACGACUGCCAGUGCUGUGAAAGAAAAAGAGGGUAAACUCAUGUGCCAGGCAGAGGUGCUGUGUGAAGGCUUUGAACUGCCACGAAUUAAUUACAACCUUAAUGGAAAGAAACACCGUUAUGUCUAUGGUAGCAUUGUGGAUGAUUCUGCUGUGUCAAAGCAGAUUGGGAAGUUUGACACAGAAACCAGAGAGAUGAUUUACUGGAAAGAAGAGAACUGUUUUCCUUCAGAGCCUGUUUUUAUCCCCAGACCAAGCGGAGAAUCGGAAGAUGAUGGUGUUGUUGUAGUAGCAAUAACCAACUCAAACCCCAGCCAGCCUUGUUUCAUUGCAAUUCUUGAUGGAAAAACAUUUAAAGAAGUGGCACGUGCAAAUGUGAAAGGACAGCUGUACAGAGACGUGCAUGGGUUUUUUAUCCCGAAAACCAACUAACCCUAAAUGUUUGUUUAGAGAUUUGACUGAAGGAGGUUAAAAGUGUGGUUUUGUAUAAAGCUGUUUAGAAAGAAUGACGCAAUAUUAUUGAUAGUUUUACUGAUUUGGUGACUUAAACAUGUACAUACUCCUGUUAUAUAUGUUGUUUUACUACUGGAAUGACUUUAAAUGUAAUUUUUGCUGAUGCUUUUCAUAAAUGUUUCAAGGUA